AUGUACUUCUCAACCACCUUCACCUUCCUCCUAGCCACCACCACCACUCUAACCCUCGCCUCCUCCAACCCAGCUGCAGCUCCAGCUCCCCAAGCUGCAUCCCCAGCAUCCCCCCCAACAUGCGGAACCUGCAACCCCCUCUCAGGCGAGAACCACUGCGACGUGACAACCUCAUGUAUCAACACCGGCACGCGCUUCCAUUGCGCUUGUCGUGCGGGAUACAAAGCCUCCCGCCAGAAUAACGACAUCACUAAACAGUUCCGCUUGAAUGUCCCAGGGUAUCAGUUUCUGGUCUUCACGCCUGAAUUUACCCGGUGUGAUACGCUGUGCGAUAAUCCGUAUGGAGCGAGUGCGCAGUUGUGUUCUGAGGUGCCGGUUUAUGGACAGUGUGGGGUUUGA